CGUACCUACGUCAGAACAGAAUCACCGGAAAUCUCACGUCGACUUCCACAACAAACAUGGCGGACGAUCACACAGAUGCAGACCAGUCCAUGGAGGGACACACACCUGUCUCUGAAAACCCUCACGCAGAGUUCGGUUUGACCGACAACAUCCAGAGGGCGGUGGACAACGAGAAGGCGAGUGUGGAGAAGCUGUCGAAGCAGAAGGUGGACCUGCAGGCGCUGCCGACCCGGGCCUACCUGGACCAGACGGUGGUUCCCAUCCUGCUGCAGGGCCUGUCGGUGCUCGCCAAGGAGAGACCUCCAAAUCCCAUCGAGUACCUGGCGGCGUUCCUGCUCAAGAACAAGUCCCAGUAUGAGGACAGAAAUUGAAGCAUUGCUGUGUCUGAAAUGUUUUGUCUCUGUUUGUUUAUGAUCCGCUAUUUUUUGUUUUCAUAUUGAAUAAACAUGUUGUGAAAGA